CAAAAGUCCCAAAUUUAUUAUUUGCACUGUGCACUUGGACACUCUGGGCUUAAAAAACGGGCGCCUUUUUUAGUUUCUCUCUUUGGGGGGACUUGGAAGCAACUCGGACCACUCACAAUCCAGGGUGAACCACUUGGACGACCUCCCAUCUGUCUUCUUCUCUCUCCUCCCCUCCAGCUAGUCUAGUUACCUACUGUGCUGCUACUCUGUCUCCCUUUUUUUUCGUGUUCUAAGAGGCCCACCUUUUCUCCUCCACCGCUGCCGCUGCCGCUGCCGCUGCACCUCCAACCUUCUUCUCUCUCUAACUUGGACCUUUCACCAAUUCCCAACCUUCACACCCUCCAACACCUUCUCCUCCUCCCUCCGCCCACUACUCUCCUCCUUUCUCCAUCCUCACGUCCGGUACUGUCCCGAAACAAAAAUGGUUGUCGCUACCAUCAAGUGUGUCGUGGUCGGCGACGGUGCUGUGGGUAAGACCUGCUUGCUCAUCUCGUACACAACCAACAAGUUCCCCUCCGAAUAUGUCCCCACCGUGUUCGACAACUACGCCGUGACCGUGAUGAUCGGCGAUGAGCCCUACACUCUCGGUCUCUUCGAUACCGCCGGUCAGGAGGAUUACGAUCGCCUGCGCCCGUUGUCCUACCCCCAGACUGAUGUCUUCUUGGUCUGCUUCUCCGUCACCUCCCCGGCCUCCUUUGAGAACGUGAGGGAAAAGUGGUUCCCCGAGGUCCACCACCACUGCCCCGGUGUUCCCUGCCUGAUCGUCGGCACUCAGACCGAUUUGCGCGACGACCCUGGUGUCCGGGAGAAGCUGGCUCGCCAGAAGAUGCAGCCUAUUCGGAAGGAGGACGGUGACCGCAUGGCCAAGGAUUUGGGUGCAGUUAAAUAUGUGGAGUGCUCUGCUCUGACGCAGUACAAGCUGAAGGAUGUCUUUGACGAGGCUAUCGUGGCUGCCCUCGAGCCCGCGCCCAAGAAGAAGUCAAGGGGCUGUCGCCUGUUGUGAUCCACUCCCCCGUACAAUUUUUUACAGAUACGACGGAAUGAAUUUUUGUUUUUUUCUUUUAUUUUUCUCACUUAUUUUGGGAGGCAAAUUACUUGGCUGGACUAUGUUUACUGGGAUAUCCACGAGGGGAGAUGAGAAGGAAAAAGGGGAGGAGAUGGAAUUUCUUUGUUACUGAGCUAGCGUUUGCUAUCUGAAGCCUCUCGAUCUGAUGAUCUCGAUUCGAGCUUUCUACGCCAUGAAUCUUUUAUGGUAUUCUUCAGCUGUUGCUUCUGCUGUGCUCAUCCUUGAUAGCUCCAUCUAUCGCCUGAUGGUGAUUCUCUCUCUUUGGGAUCCCCUUGCCAUCUCGACCAGAUCUCCCGGUUCGCCGAUUUCUAGCCUACCUACCUUCCUCUCCUCCUCCCCCCAUUCCCCUUUUCUUCCACCCUUCUCUUUGGCUUCGACUGUGUCCAUCUGUCGCCUAUCCUUCGACCCGCAGAUCAGAUCUCCAUCUCGAACCGAUUUCAAUGCCACAUCCCCUCCGGCGACGUGCUUCUCCCCAACCACCUCCACGCAACCCCAUCCACUCCUUCAAAUCGACAGCGACCGCGAGCUUUCCCCCCCUUCCUCACUCUUCUCGCGUCCCUUUCUUCUUCCCCGAUCACGUACGACUUUUCUCGCACAUCGAUUCCCCCCCUCGUUGUUCGUUUUUCCCCGCAUCUUUCCCCGCACGACAUGUUGUUCACCUCUUUCAUCGUCUCUCUCGGCGUUGGACGUCAGGGCGUCGUGUUUUUGGCUGGCCGAUGAUAUUUUCCCGUCCUUUAUUAUUCUUGCUAU